AUGUUGCUACAAUUUUUAGACACACUACGCGCUAUAAAAGAAGAGCCAAGAAUAUAUACAUGUGCGAAGAUAAAACUAUUCGCCAAAUUACAUUAUCGAGGUACUGUGUGUGUGCUCGCUCCUAUUAUAUUUAUUUGGCUGUUAACGCCUUUUCCUCCUCAGCCAUACCAAUGGACCGGUUACUGUAUAGCGAUCAUGGCAGCAUACUGGGUGUCUGAAUGUAUUCCUUUGGCUUUGACAUCCUUUUUUCCAAUAAUAAUAUUUCCAUUUGCCGGUGUUUCGAGUACAGGAGAAGUGUGUAGAAGUUAUUUUAAUGAUACUGUGUUGAUGUUUCUGGGAAGUUUAAUUCUGGCAUACUCUAUAGAGCAGUGUGGAUUGCACAAGCGACUAGCCUAUAUAGCGAUACGAAGUUUUGGAUACUCACAUGUCAAUUUAUUAUUGGCCAUGUGUGUGGUCACUACGUUCGUGUCCAUGUGGAUCACCAACACAGCUGCGGCCACGAUGAUGGUUCCAAUUAUUUUUGCAGUGCUGAAAGUAUUUGAAGAUCAAAAGCUAUUGAAGAUAUAUGACACGAACAGCGACGGAGAAAAGGUUGCAUCUGACAUAACAACGUGUUACUUUUGCGUUGCAACAUACUCUGCAACUAUUGGUGGCAUCGGAACUCUUGUUGGGACAGCAACUAAUUUAGUGUUUAAGGGGUUGUUGUCAUCAACAUAUCCGAAGGCUCCUGAGUUAUUGUCGUUUUUGAAGUUCUCUGCUUUUGGGAUUCCGCUUAUGAUAAUAUUGGAUAUAUUUAUGAUGCUUUAUAUGUUAAUACUGUAUGUUGGAUGUUGCAGGCCAAGAAGUGCAACUGCUAAAAAAACUAAAGUAUCGCCCGAAGGUAUGAAGGCAGCCCAAAAAGCCGUAAAUGAAAACUACGCCAAACUAGGAAGACUCACGUGUUGGGAAGGAAUGGUCAUACUAUUAUUUGGUGGCGCCAUGUUACUGUUCUUCUUUCGUUCACCACAGACGUUCAAGGGCUGGGGCGAUUUAAUCAGUGAUUAUUUCGAAUUGAAUGACACAAAAUUCGUUCGAGAUUCAGCCCUAGCCGCACUUGUUGUAUUUUUGAUGUUCCUUUUACCGUCAAAUAUUUCGAUUUGCAAAAACUUCACAGCAAAAUUCCACGAAGACUUUCCUAAAAGAGUCAGAUCUGUACUAGAUUGGAAUUGUUUGACAGCAGCGUUACCCUACAGUUUUGUUUUUCUUCUAGGCGGUGGUUUUGCUUUGUCGGAUGCUGCGAAAAAAACAGGUUUAAAUGAAAAAAUAGGCGAAUCUUUACAGAGCCUGAAAUCUUUACCGAAUAUUUGGAUCUUGCUGUUUGUGAUUAUCUUCGUUGUUUUGAUCACCAACUUGGGGUCAAACGUGGCUGUGUGCAAUGUGGUCACACCGAUCUGCAUGACACUGGCAAAGGAGAUCGGACGAAAUCCACUAUGGUAUGCUUUAGCGAGUGGAUUGUCAUCUUCGUUUUGCUUUAUGCUACCUGUAGGAACACCUGGAAACUUGGUAGUUCAAAGUGCUGCUAAAAUACCAACUAUUAAAAUGGUAAAAGCCGGCUUGGGGCCUACGUUUACAACGAUCCUUUUUACUUGGUUGUUGCUUUACUUUUACGCUCCAGUAAUUUGGAGCGAUCUAGCAACUCUUCCCGAAUGGACCAGUUAAUAAUUUUUAAUUAUUAUUUUCCUAUAAUUGUUAUGUGGAUAAUAGAGUAUUU